CUUCUUCUCAGUUGUUUUGUCUUCUUCCUCACCCAUUCAGGAGUUCCGUCUCCAGUCGCUCGCUCAAUUAUCCAAAAUCCUUGAUCGUCCACCCCUGACCUUCUAAACCCAACUCUCUUACAACCUCCACACGUCAACUCCCACUGUACAUUUUGCGAGACAAAGGACCAACACCAGAAAGAGUACCCCCAUGCGGUUCUGAUAACGAGCAGGCCGGACAUCGCAUCUUGCGGUUAACAUCGUUGACCCUCCGACCUUACCUUCGUCAUGUCGAACCGUUAUUCGGUCUUCUCCACGCAGUCCACGGGUCUCUCGGCCGGACCCAGACCACAACAUGGAACUCAGGUUUCAACAACAACGUUAUUGAAUGCCCUGCAUUCAUUUUAUACUGCAGGUCAACCAUAUCAACUAGACUCAGCCACGAGCCUGGUUGUUAAUACAUGGGUGACCGCAGCAACCACUUUACCUGAUGGGCGAACUGGCGCCACGGUCGACCGUGAUCUGGCUAUCAGAGCUUGGGAACAUGCCCGACGCCGGGCCGAGGAUGGCUGCGUUGUUCUAGGUGCUCUCCAUCAAUCCAUACCCUCAUUGCUAGAACCGUUUAUCGCGGCGAUCCCAGUGGAAACACCGGAGGUAGCUCUGAUCGCGCUCUCCGCUAUACGACCCUUCCUCACUGCAGUCACCUCGUUCAACCCCUCUUACUCUCUUCAUUCUGCGUUGGCCGCCACUUACACCUUGUCUUUGCAAGGAUCUGUCGUUGGCCUUUCCUUCGCCUUGUCUACCUCCGGCAUCAACGUGCGCAAGGGUCUUCUAGAAAUCCAGCCUGAGACCGGCUACCGUGCAUUUGAUGCCUUCUACUAUCUUCUCACCUCUACAUCGACAGCUGCAGAGCGUGAAUUUUUGGACUUGAAAGACCCCGCUGCGUAUACCUUGCUCAACCGAUCAAACACGUACAAUCCUCCACACUAUCUACCCACGGCUGACGAUUCUGCUGCUGCAGAAGACUUCCGUGCUUCCUUGAAAUCCAUUGGCAUUAAAGGUGCUGCUCAGCGAGGUUUGCUAUCAGUCCUUGCUGGUCUCCUUAAGCUCGGCAAUGCAGUUGGGUUCGAGGUGGACCAGGAAGAUCUAGAAGAGGUCUGUGAGGAUGCUGGGGGUCUUCUGGGAAUUGAUCCAGAAAUCCUUCUUCAUAAAUGUUCCACUGAUGAGCGGGAAGUCUUGAUCGCCGGAAUCUACGAGGCUCUGGUCGAUUGGGUCAUCAGCAAAGCAAACGAAGCCAUCACGUCUGACAUUCAGGUUGCAUUGGAAAACGAUUCCAGCAACGGGGGUGGUGCAGCACAAUGGUCAAACGAUGACACAGUCAACCUGACUGUAGUCGAUAUUCCACGACCGGCUCUCGGUAAGGCGAUUAUGAUGAGAGGUAUCUUCGAUGAUGGUCUUGGUCUCAAUGCUGAAAUGAAGGAUGAUGGAAUUCCCCUCCCACCCAUUGGAGCUUCUGUCAUUAGUGAAAUGAACUCUGCAGUGGCCCAAGUUGAACCAGACCUCAAUAUUAUCACAGGCCUUGCCGGGCGAGAACGCGAACACGAUCUCGACAAGCGGCAGGGGGUACUGGAAAAGGUUGGUGUUGAACUUGAGAUUGACGCUUUUCUCCGACGCAUUCUAUUCCCCGUUGAUACCGAAGGUAUCUCCGUGGGAAAACGCGGCCGCUUCGAUCUUGCCACCACUCUAAACAGUAGCCGUGUCUGGUACCACCUCUCCCUCCAUCCGACUGAUGACAUGCCGGAACAGCUCGCGUCAUCGGCACCUACAGCAUGGUCUGCGGGUGCAGUCUCCCGUCAAUUGCGAGACUGGCGACUCCCGGAAUGGGCCAACCGUCGUUUGAAGCAACUCGAUUUCACCGCCGAUUUCGACGUGGAAGAGUUUGUCGGACGGUAUGCCCGACUGGGUUGCGCCGAAGGCCAGGAUGGUGUUGAGAACUGGAUCAUCGAGAGAGGCUGGAGCAAUGGCGAUGCUGUCGUCGGUGAACAGCGCGUUUGGAUGCGCGAGGGGGCAUGGUGGGAAGCGGAGAGUAUGCUGGAUCUCAAGCCAGAAGAGGCUCACGUGAAUCCAUUCAUGUACGGCCCUGCGUUGUACGAGACCGGCUUCACCCCAGAUGGCACUGCCAUCCAUGAAAAUUCAAAUCUUCUUGGCAUGCCACCUGGCGGCGCCAUGGCCCCGAGUGUGAUGGGCGGUGCCAAAUCCAUUGCGCCCAGUGCGCCAUUCACCAACGCUGCCAAUGCCGGUGACUACGGCUUGGGUCGGAAAGGUGACGACAAGAAAGGAGACAUUGCAUACUACGACGAAUAUGGCCGGUACAUCGGUGAAUUCGACCCUGAGUUUGGUGAUCCGAAGCACAUUGAGAAGAAAACCAUUUCCUGGGGCCGUCGACUCUGGGCUGGUUUUGUCUGGGCGCUGACCUUCUGGAUUCCUUCCUUCGUGCUUCGAUACGUUGGCCGCAUGAAACGCCCGGAUGUCCGCCUGGCCUGGCGAGAAAAGCUCGUUCUUGUGUUUUUGAUUCUGCUCUUCAACGCCAUUGUCUGUUUCUAUAUCAUUGCCUUUGGUGACCUUCUCUGUCCCAACAAGGACAAAGCCUGGAAUCAGAAGGAGGUCGGCUGGCAUACAACCGAUAAUGACUUCUUCGUCGGCAUCCACGGCCGUGUUUACGACAUCAGCAAGUUCUGGCGCACACAGCACAGUGACAUGAUUGGAGUAGACACAAGCUCAGACAACAUGCAACAAUUUGGAGGACAGAUUUUAGAUGCCUACUUUCCCCCGCCUCUCAAUCGUUAUUGUGCCCCAUUUGUUAAAUCAGAUACGAUGGCCCUGCAGCACAACAAAACAGACGCUAUCGUCCUUUCUACGGCCGAGCACAAAUCGGGGGAAACAAUCAUUAACAACCACCACAGUACUUCACCAGGAUACCUGGGUGACGUGGUUUGGACAAGGGAUACCAUCAAGAAGCAGGCCGACGCUGAUUCCCGCUACUGGGUUAUCAAGGACCAAAAGGUGUAUGACUUGACGGACUACUUCUAUACACUAAAAAGGAUGAACAAUCUCGACCAAUACAAUUGGCUGCCGUCGACUUUGACUGCUCUCUUCAAGAACAACAUGGGCGAAGAUGUCACCGACAAAUGGCAGGACACAACGGACUUCAGGAAUGCCCAGACAUGUCUCGACUUUGUCUUCUAUGUCGGCAAAGUUGAUUUCCGUGACAGUCCACGAUGCACAGUCAACAACUGGAUCCUGCUCACAUUCACCAUUCUCAUCUGUUCUGUCAUCCUGAUCAAGUUCCUGGCAGCUCUGCAGCUGGGAUCCAAACGUCGGCCCACGCCUCAGGACAAAUUCGUCAUCUGCAUGGUUCCCGCAUACACUGAGGGCGAGAACGAUCUUCGGAAAGGUCUCGAUUCUCUGACUGCCUUGCAGUACGACAACAAGAGAAAGUUGAUCUUUGUCAUCUGUGAUGGUAUGAUCGUUGGUGGUGGAAAUGACCGCCCUACGCCCAAGAUCAUUCUGGAUAUUCUUGGGGUUGAUCCUAAGAUGGACCCACCGGCCCUGCCAUGCAAAUCCCUCGGUCAGGGAAGUGAGCAGCUGAACUACGGCAAGGUUUACUCUGGACUCUAUGAGUACGAAGGCAAUGUCGUGCCUUACAUUGUGGUCGUCAAGGUUGGCAAGGAAUCCGAGCAGCGCAAGUCCAAACCUGGCAAUCGUGGCAAGCGAGACACGCAGGUCCUUCUCAUGCAAUUCCUGAACCGUGUUCACCACCGCUCACCUAUGUCGCCCCUUGAACUGGAAAUGUUCCACCAAAUCAACAACGUCAUCGGUGUAGAUCCAGAGCUAUAUGAAUACUGUCUCAUGGUCGACGCAGAUACCACUGUCAGGGAGGAUUCUCUGAAUCGCUUGGUCGCCGCGUGUGCAGCAGAUGCCAAGAUCGCCGGCAUUUGCGGCGAGACUAGUCUUCAGAACGAGGAACGUAGUUGGUGGACCAUGAUUCAGGUUUACGAAUACUACAUCUCGCAUCACCUGGCUAAGGCAUUUGAGUCGCUCUUCGGCAGUGUUACUUGUCUUCCUGGAUGUUUCACCAUGUAUCGCCUUCGAACUGCGGACAAAGGACGUCCUCUCAUCAUCUCGGACAAAGUCAUUCACGACUACGCUGAUAAUGAUGUUGACACCCUGCACAAGAAGAACCUCCUCUCUCUUGGUGAGGAUCGGUACCUAACAACCAUCAUGACCAAACACUUCCCAGCGAUGUCGUACAAGUUUAUUCCCGAUGCCUACGCAAGCACAGCCGCCCCUGAGACCUGGAGUGUGCUUAUGUCGCAGAGACGCCGCUGGAUCAACUCCACAAUCCACAACCUGGUGGAACUGGCAGCUCUGGAAGACCUCUGCGGUUUCUGCUGUUUCAGUAUGCGUUUCGUCGUUCUCGUCGAUCUGGUGGGAACUCUCAUCCUUCCCGCGACCUGCGUAUACCUCACCUACCUGAUCUACCGUGUUGCUAGCCACACGGGUCCCUUCCCUAUGAUCUCGAUUAUCAUGCUGGCUGGUGUAUAUGGUCUGCAAGCGAUCAUCUUCAUUGUCAAACGGCAGUGGCAACACAUCGGAUGGAUGAUCAUCUACCUUCUUGCGUACCCGAUCUACAACUUCAUCCUGCCGCUGUAUGCCUUCUGGAAACAGGACGAUUUCACAUGGGGUACCACCCGUGUUGUCAUCGGCGAGAAGGGCGACAAGCGAGUCAUCGCUGUGGAAGAUGAGCCCUUUGACCCACGCAGCAUCCCACUCCAGCGCUGGGAUGACUACGCCAUGGCCAAUAACCUCCCUGGCCGCCGCGGCGACCUCAGCGCCAGCCAGGAGAAGGUCUACACCAGCGGCCGGUACGACGACAUGGCUAUGGAGAUGGAUGAUAUGCACUCUCAGUACUCAUCCGUCAAGCCAGCCUCCACCAUUCUCACCGGAUUCCCGGGCCAGGGCCGCCACCACCCCUACCUGCCCCCGCAGUCGCCCGCACCCUUCGUCGGCAGCAACAUCCCCGGCAACCGCAACUCGCACAUGUCAAACUUGUCCCGCUACACGGACAUGCCGCAGAUGAGCGCUCACAUGGGUGGUCACUCUGCCCAGGCUUCCCGUCACAUGUCCAUGGGUGGCCUCAGCGCCUACCAGGACAACCCGAUGGCCUCGAGCAGACACAGCGUCGGCAUGAUGCAGAGCAGCGAUAACCUCCUCGGCAAUGCUGGCUCUCGCAGCCCCCUGCCUCAGUACCCCUCUCGACCCGCCAGCACCGCCUUUGAUUUCCGUGCUGCCAGUGGGCCCGAUGAGAUUGCCAUCACCGAGGCAAUCCGCAGCUGUCUGGCCGAGGUUGAUCUUGACACUGUCACCAAAAAGCAGGUCCGCGUUCUCGUCGAACAACGCCUGCAAACCUCGCUCACGGGCGACAAGCGAGCCUUCCUGGACCGACAGAUCGACCAGGAAUUGGCUAACAUGUGAUAUUUUACUUGUAAUAUGCAUUCUGCAUCCCGCACCCACAUCCAUCUAGCACGUUUCUUUCUAUUUUUCUGAUAUGGGGUCUCGGCAUCUCUGGAGUUUUUAUGGGGCUUUGGUUUUUUUUCGAGUACAGCAUCCAGCGUCUUGAUCUUUGGGCUAUUUUGUUCUUUAGUCUUCACUUAAUGGGAUCUUUUUCUCUAGCGCCCAGUGACAAUAAUAUAUGUUUUGAUGAUGUUGAA